AUGUACGCUGACCUACUGCUUUUCCAGAGAAAUAUGUCGUGUCACGACAAGUGGAACUCGAACUUUUAUGAUCAACGGUCCACCUAUGGCAUUUGCUUUGUCGAUACAUCUGUUGGGAAGUUUUUUGUUGGCGAAUUCCGCGAUGACGAUUAUAAUUCAUUCCUACGUACAAUCAUUGCAAACUUUACUCCGGUGCAGUUAUCAAAUGAUCAGUACCUGGGACACGAUUUCUCGACUUGGCCUGAUACGCUGCGUAAAAUGCUCGAUCCUGAUUCAGUCAUUGCGAAGCCAAACACCAACUAUCAUCUGGCGCUUAGUGCACUUGGAGCUGUGCUUCAUUAUCUGCAACGAUGCCUCAUAGACGUUGACAUGGUGACAAUGCACGAUUUUUCACUGCUUGAGCCACUAGAACAGAGCCCAGUUGAGAGACUAUCACAAGGAAGCGUUUGGGCCAAUCGGCAGAUGAUUUUGGACGGUGUCACACUGGAGAACCUCAAUCUAGUCCCUGGUGAUAAUCGCGACUCGCAAGCCGCUUCUCUGUCGCUUUACAGUACUGUGAAUAAGUGCCAGACUGCUUUCGGAAAACGAUUGUUGCGGCAAUGGAUCUGCUCCCCAACCUGUGAUAUGACUGUGUUGAAAGAUCGUCAAGAUGCCAUUGAGUACCUUAUGGAUUCUAGUAAUGUGAGAGUCAUUGAAAAAAUUGGCGAGUUACUACGGUCAUUACCUGAUCUCGAAAGGCUUCUGCAAAGUGAGUUCGAGCACCUUUGUGUCGCCUCUGUUGUCCUGUUACAGUACGCAAUGACAGAUCCAUCUCUACUUAAGAGAAAACUGGCCACGGAUUUGAUUGUGCUCGUUGCAGCCGCUACGUUAAUGGUUCGUGGUCUCUGUGCAAAUCGAUAUUGGUGCGUGUGA